GAAUAAAUUUUAAUAUUUUCUAAAAAUAAGCAUGAGCAUUAAUUUUUUCUAAAAAUAAGCACUCUUUAUUUCAAAGCGUUGAAAGAACUAUCGAAAUAACUAUCGAUUCAGUAAUGUAUCCCUACACGCUGUGUUCUUUUUACAAUCAAAAUUUUCGUUAUUUUUUCAUAUAUAAAUAAACGUGCGAUAAAAAUCACUAAUGGCUCGUUGCAGCGGAGAAACUUAUAAUUAGAAUUAUCUUCUUUAAUAUGAUUUAAAGUUAACAUCAAAAUCAUUUAACGAUAUUAUCGUUUGUUUCGUAAGUAUAGUGGGAGGAAGGGCAGGAUAUCGCGUGAUUUGCAUUCAAUACAAAUUUAUCAAUGAAGUCAUGUAUGUGAAUGACACCGGAGCGACGUGCGAGAUGCGAGGUGCGAGGUGCGAGGUGCGAGGUGGGUGCGAGGUGCGAGGUGCGAGGUGCGAGAUGCGAGGUGCGAGGAUGCGGGGCGCGAGAUGCAACGCGAUCCACCUGCCGUACAAGACGGUCGACACGCCAAUGAACCGCGCGCAACGUCGUACGCGACUCGACUCGUCGCGAUUGGCUGGCCAUUCUGCGCACGUUGAUCGUGCUCACGACGACUCGUGACGUCGAACAUCGUCGACCAAUACCGUCUCGCAGGUCCGCAGUGCUCGCCGUGCGCGCGUGCGAUAUGUAAGAGAGUGUGUGCGUGCGUACGUGUGUAUUCGGUGAGCGAGGAGCCACGAGCCACGCGGAAACGUGAGGACGAAACGGUAGCAGCAUCUCGAUCGCGCGACGACGUAUCGCGAAACGGCCAACGACGUCAGGCGCGAUAUGUUAGUCGAGAUUUACGUCUAAAGAACGUCUCGUCGUCGCGCGCGUGUUACGCGUACUUACGAGUGGAAUUAACGAGCAGAGAGAGGGGGGAAACUGUGGAUACGAACAAGAGGUAGUGGAGGAGAAAGAGGAGGAGAAGGAGGAGGAGGCAAAUGCGUCUGGCCGCGGCGCGACUCACACACGCGACGAGAGCGACGGCGAUCGCGGGGGUGAGGGAGAGUAGAUAUAGCGUGGAGUAUACUACCGCGCCGCACCUGACAGUCCACGCGGCCCGACCCCCGAAAAACAAUUUCGCCACGCUAUAUACACGCGAGGACCGCGCCGUGUUUCAUUCGGAACGCGAGCGCCAUUGGCAAUGUCGGGAAGUGACAGCCCAACAUUCUUUCACGGCCAGCCCUGGUCCAGCUGGAUCGAAAGAAUCGGACGGGACAAGCCGCUGAGUGAUGAAGAAACAGAAGUCCAACCAUCAAGUUCAGUCACACGUCUUUCUUCAGAUGAUAUCGAUUUAUAUGGCUUUUGUCCAGAGAGAGAUGACUUUUAUGGCGUGGUAUGUGAAAUAUGCGAUGCCAUAGUGAAACCACAAGCUCUCAUUCAACAUAUGGAGUGUCGCCAUCCUUCCGGCAUGGCAAAUUUUCCGCCUCCUCCGACCCCAAUCGCAAAACCGUCCGUGAAAACUCCUUUCUGCAAAGUAUCGAAGCUGAAGAGAAGCACGCAACCAUCGGCUCCUUCUCCAGCUUCUUCAAUUUCCACUCUUAGUGGCGCAAAGCUGAAUCAUACGACCGUUAAGCGUACCGCGGAUCAAGCGAACUUGUCUGUAGGUGGUUCUUUGCCGAUCUCCUCGUCACCUCGGUCGCCUCUCGAGUCGAUUCCGGUACAAACUACCUCUCCUAACGUAGCCGGCCCUUCGAAUAUCGUUAUCGCGUCGACUAGCAGCGGAGGCAGCCCAAGCAAAAGUCCUGGUCCCAGCAGUAACAGUAGCGGCGGUCAACCUCGUCGGAAGAGGCUUAAAACGGAUCGCUCGUUGCUCAAAGAUCGCGAAUACGAUCCUGACCGUCACUGCGGCGUAUGGAACGAGGAGACCGGCAAGCCCUGUACAAGGUCGCUUACGUGCAAGGCGCAUACUGUCUCGCUGCGCCGAACGGUCAUCGGUCGCAGCAAAACCUUCGACACACUCCUCGCGGAACAUCGCGCCGCGAAGGAUCCGCCGAAUAGCGGUGGUAACCGGCAGACAACGAAGGUGACGGUCUCCGGCACCGUUACCGUCUCUUCAGCCGUUACCGCUGUCACCGCUGCCACAUCCAACCUGAAUAAUCCCCUUGCCCCCAAUACUCCAGCAUCCAUCGUCGAUCCGGAAACGCCGAGCUCACCGCCCGUACUAUCGCUACCAGACACGUAUCCACUGCCAAAGGCUGUUGAUUUGCUUUAUCGGUGUCUGGCCCCGCAUGGCUCCACUAAACCUACUAAACUUGAGGAGGAUUUCGUCAAUUCGGAAGAUUUGCGGAAUCUGGAAUCUACGCUGGUAGUCAACUCUACAAUUGCUGGCAGCAGUAGCAGCAGCAACAGUAGCAGCGGUUCAUCGCAACAACAGACAAGUUCGAUGAUGGCACCGAUAUCUGUAAUGCUGCCAUCACUUUCCCCAUUACCGGGCGCCAACAAUGAAGAUUCGUCAGGAGUAGCUACUCUGAUACCAAGCACUACCACGACGUCGGCGAUGCCAGUCGUACCGGCACCACUGCCAGCCACCUGCAUACAACCACCCACGGUAGUUGCCACGGUGCUUGAAGGCGAGACUCCAGUGGACAUCGAUGCCGAGACCAUAUCCAUGUAUUCGCCCGUUUACACUACCAAAGACACGAAAUCACAAUUACUGAUGCAAAUACAGUCACGACCAAACAACCAUUUGUCGCAUUCACCCGUCUCGGUCAGAAGUUAUCAGCAGGCUUCCAUGCCAAGUAUAAACUUGUUCGAACCGGUAGAACAGUUAGAGCAGCAACACGCCAGUCAAAUCAAUGGCAAGAGACUGAAUCACGCCAACUUGACGUCGCGACAACAAAAAAGGCACAAAUCGCAGCAUGAACAGCUAUUGUGCCAAUCAUCGCAGGAUUUCUCAACGUCCGCGUCGAUCCAGGUCGAAGCGACGACCACGUCGUCGCCCUAUCCUCACUUCGGCGACAUCUCCUGGUCGAAUUGUCAUCCGGAGCCAUUGGCGGUUAGCCGAUGGCUCCGUAUCUCAUCCAGCCGCAAACAAUACAACUUCAAUAUUCACUGACACAAGACCCCACCCACUCCGGGCUGAGGACCGUGUGCCGCGGGCGUCGUUUGUCUACCUCUUUAUCUUCGUGAGACCUCCUUUUUCUUCACCGCCGCCCACGUCGUCAUCAUCCUAGUCAUCGCCGCCACAGUCGAUGCUGCGUCCGCAGCCCGUCGAGGAGGGAAGAUUCAUGUUUUCAUCGUCGUUACACAAUGUGAGUACUUCGCGCAACGGGAUCGAACGCGAUGUAUCUGUUCACAGAUUGCCCUCAACACUUCCGUCGAGUUUUCAAUGCGCAAUAUGAUCUUCCAUAAUAUCGCGCAGCACGAAGUUUUCAGACUCGGAUCACUCAGAUCAUGAGUACGCCGAUUGCUGUGGAGCAUCGAGGGAGAAUUUUCGAUCGACGGUCCAUAACAAUCGUGUAUCUGAACGUGUACUUGAACUCGUACGUGGAAUUUGACAAAAAAAGAACAGGAUGAUAUCCCAAUUCUGUUUACUCGCUGAAUUUAUAACAUAGAAUAGAUAUAAAAAAAUCAAGAUAAACAGAUACGAGAACGAUUGAGAGUAUGUCUUGAUAACAAUGAAUGAAUGAAUGAAUAUCGCGAUACUAUAUAAAAUAUAAAAUUUCUGCACAGAAUUCUCGCAAUAUAUCGUAUACCAUUGAGUGACUUAUCAUACAGCUCGUGGCGCAGCAGAACAUUCCUUCAACUCCUAUUUUUGCAACAACGCGCGUCGCGACACCCUCGCAAA